UGCGCUGACGUUGAACAUACUCAGGAUUAACUUGUCCGGUUCUGUUAUGUCGCCAUAUCUGUCAGGUUUUGCGCAGGAUAUCCCGAUCACCUGCGGUCUGCCGAUAACAGAACGCCUCUUAAUGCGUUAAAUCCUUAAACUCGUCCGUGUGAUGUGUAUGUGACUGCCUGUGUGGUGCCGUGAGGACGCGCACGACAAUGUGAGGACGCAUGAGGAGCGGAUCCAGAGCUGAUGUCCUGACGGGCUGAUGGGGGCCGACGGCAGCAAACACAGGAAGAGGCCCACUGAGGGGCAGGAGGAAGAGCACUUCCCAUCUGGAUGGCGUGGCUUCCUCUCCAGCAUGGGUCUGUCAAUCCCAGCAGCCCUAUGUCGCCUGGCCCCACCUGGCCUGCGCCUGGGCCAGCACCGAAUGCUCCAAGGCAAGUCCCCUGACAUCCCGGAGCACGUCCUGAGGCUGGCGGGAGUCGGCCCAGACAAGCUGAGAGCGGAGUGGAGCCUGCCGGGGUUCAUUAGUAUGUUCCUGCCUGAAUAUCCCCACAGAACCCUGCCUGGGCACGAACACUUUCAGGUGUUGGGUUAUAUCGCCAAAGGUUCAUUUGGACCCAUUCUGAAAGUAAAGGACAAGUCCAAACGGAAAACAUAUGCUGUCAAAGUUAUUCCUAAAUCAGAGAUUCUGAGACUCGGGGUCUUAGAGCAGUCAAAAGAAGAAGUCAUAGUCCAGCGUCAGGUUCGCCACCCAUUUGUCCACGACCUCGAGGACUGCUGGCAGACACAGCGCCACCUCUACAUUAUGUGCGACUACUGUAGCACGGGAGACCUGUACACCUACUGGCAGAUGAUUGGUCAGUUCACAGAGGACACAGUACGAGUGUUUGCAGCGGAGUUGGGAUGUGCGCUCGGCUUUCUGCACGACUUUGGGAUCAUUCACAGAGAUGUGAAGAUGGAGAAUAUUCUGCUGACAGACAACGGUCACCUCCGCUUAGCUGACUUUGGUUUGUCCCGUCGCCUGGAGAGAGGAGGACGAGCCUUUACAAUCUGUGGAACAAUCCAAUACAUGGCCCCAGAGGUGCUGAGUGGUGGACCCUAUAACCACGCAGCUGAUUGGUGGUCGCUGGGGAUUCUGCUUUUCUCAUUGGUUACUGGGAAGUUUCCUGUGCCUGCAGAAAUAGACCACUGCAGUAUGCUGAGGAAAGUGCGAGGUUUCCCCUAUGAAAUGCCCCUAAGCUUCAGCCCCCCAUUUGCCUUGCUAAUAACCGAGCUUUUGUGCAAGACUCCCGCCCGCCGCCUCAGGACCAUCGAUCGUUUCAAACGACAAACCUUCUUCCACGGAUCAACCUUCGACCUCACUCUGCUGCAGCGCCAGCCCGUAGAGGUGAUUCUGGAGCUGAGAGAGAGGCCAGACCGAGCCGCCAAAGCUCGACGAGGCCUCACUUUGUCUCUGCAGCCACUUAAAGGCUUCGACUACGACUCCCUGCUCAGCCCGCCAGCCACACCGGACACACAGCUGGACGCCGACAGACAAACUCACGCUGUUGCACCGCUGCCUGGCCCGGCACUCCCACUGAAGCCCACUCAGGAAAAUGGCCCACACAGAGAAGUGUUUGUGUGAUGGACUGUGAGUUUACAGUAUGAUUAUUCACCACACUAAAGAUAAAGGCCAACAACAGUGUACUUCUGCACACUUCUUACUCACCCUGACACACUGGUGUGGUGCGCCUUGUAAAAUGUCCUCCCCAUUUGUAUCGGCAAGUUAUCUUUUUUUUGUGCUGUACUGAACACAAUUUUUUACUUGUUUGCCUUUCUCCAACGAGCACUUUUUCACGCCUACAGUGUUUGCUCAACAGUUGUGCAAGAAAGAUUGCACUAUUGUCCAUCUUCUUUCAGUUCUUACAGCUUUCUGGUCAUGGUCGCCCUGUGAGGACAUAAUGUACGACUGCUCUCAAGUUCACUCCACAAUGCACAACACGUCUUUUCUUUCUUUAAAAAAAGAAAAAAAAUUUAGGUAAUUAUGAAGAAACCUGUCCUCUAUGCGUUAUUCACACUGCGAUACAACCGUUUCAUAAACUUGACGUUUUUACUGCCUAAACUCUGUCGCAGCAGAAAUGUCUCUCCUCCUCUUCUGUACCUUGUAAAAAAUCGACUACUUUAUCAUUUACAACGUGACUCAGGGGAGCACUUACUGGUUUUCUCUUGACUCUGACUCCAAGAUGGCUGAUGCCGACCUGAGCUGGGACUGUAAAGGUUGAAUGAACAACAUAAACAAUUGUUUACCUUCAAUGAACAUUUUGAUAGAUACAGGGCUUUUUCUAUUGUCCAUUAUGAACCCUAGCCAGUAAUCACACCUUCAUGCACUUACCUGAUCAUCAGAUUGUGUAACUGUUUUGUAAAGCAUGCCCUGAUGUGUACCCAGAAGGCCUCACGGUGAUCCCGAGCUUGCUUUUAAUGUCACAAAUAUCCUUAUCUAUAAAUUCCUCUUUACAAAGUUUAUAUGAAUAUCUUGGAUGCUAUUUGAUGUUAUAUGUUAUGUUACAAUGUAUUUUUGUAAUUACCAUGUAGCACAGAUGGAAUAUUAAACUCUUAAUAUACAGUGA